ACUUGCAUUGGCGCGCCGAAAUAGUGGGACGAGCUAAAGUUCACUGGCUGUGGGUAUAAAUCAUCGUUGCUCCUUGUAUUUUCCCUUUUGGCAAGGACUCCUUGGGAUCGGAGUGUAACAGGGUAUCACUUUUCAGCGGGGGCGCCGACACUUGGAGGUACACUGUGAAGCGCGAGGUGGCGAGAAUCGCAUGAUGCGGUGAUGGCGCUGCUGUACAGGUUCGCCCAGCUGCCCGAUCGGAGCGGCACGCGAGUCUUUUCGUUCGUCGUGACCAGAAGCGUCGUGCGCGACCCCGAGCGCGACGUCACCAGCAAGGAGCUCGUGUGCGGCUUUCAAAAAUGGGCCGUCGCCUUCUCCAGGGGCGAAAAGGUGCUCGGGGUCUACCUGGUCUGGCGGGGCGCGGCCCCGGGGGUGCGCGUCUACGUCGACUUCACCUUCACUUUGCUGAAUCGCGAGCACUUCUCCGUCAACGAGGGCUUCAGCGGCAAGCGCGUCAAGUUCACCUACGACGCGCCCGCCCAGGGCAAUCGCAAGUACAUAUCCGUCUCUGAGCUCUACAGUAGGAACUUUGCCGAUCCCAAUGGCGAGUUCCAGCUCGAGCUCUCCAUGUCCAAUGUUCGCACCAUUUUUACCACCGAGGUGCGGAUGCCGUCGGGGGUGUUCACGGCCGGUCAGUCGAAGCCGAGCAAACUCGAGACGAGUUACUUCACGUUCGGUGGCUUCGAUUGGAACGUGGUGGUGUACCCGUCGGGCAACAAGGAAGCCGAGGUCGGCCGGUCAACCGGUGAGAGCGGCCGUUUGAGCGUGUACCUGGUGCGACUGACGGGUUUCGACCACCGGUGCCGGGUGCGGUACAUGGUGAGCCUCGGCGAGGGCGAGCGGCGCAUCGAGUCGGGCCCCAUAGACGACCUCUCCGACGACGAGGGCAGGGGCUUCGGCUGGCAGCCCCGGGUCCGCUGGCCCGACGUCGCCCACAAGAACGUGCUCACCGUGAGCCUCGAGAUGUUCGAGGCCCGCACGAUGUCCGAGGUCACGGUGCAGGCCCUCGGACCCGGCCUCCUACCCGCCAGUCCUUGCUACGACCGCGACAAGCAAGCCUGGGCCAUACGCGCCGAUCUACACUCGGACACCGUCAGGCUACACCUCGUCUACAAGGACAUACACAACGUGCCGCGCAACCACCUCAGGUACAUGAGCUGGACGGCUUACCUCAUACGAGGCGAGGAGCCGCACACGGAAGUGGUGAGCCUACCGGGGGCCCCGUUCAGCCGGUACUACGCCCAAGAGGCGGCCGACGAGGGAAUAAUCAUGGAAACGUCGCUGGGGGUGCACGAGGUCGAGAACGAGCACUGUCCCUUCGUGACGGAAAAGGGCCAGAUUAGGGUGCGCAUCGAGUGGAACGAGUCGCACUUGCUCUUCCAGGCCACCUAUCACAAGUACGACGACGUCUGCCGGGUGCACAACCAACAGAUGCGCCGCGAGAUAGCCGCCCUCCAGGCCGAGAACUACAGCCUCGAGAGACAGAUAUUCAGCUACCAGAAGAGCUUGGCCUACGCCCAGGCCCAGACCCAGCAAUCGCCGACGCACUCGGUGGUCGGGCCACCGGUCCCGGGAGGCCAGCAGCCCCAGCAGAGCCAGCAGCAACCGACCCCGGGUCACCUCGAGCGGUCCGCGUCCACGGACACCGAGUACGCCUGACGGGUGGGGCGCGUCCUC